AAAAUCUUUACAAGUCUCCAAAGGCUCAGCUGGGAAUGGAUCCCGUCAUUUUCCAUGAUGAACCAGCCGAAUCCUUCUGGCGAUCCAGCUAUUGGCAAGCAAAAUGCGAACGAUGCGACCACGAAAUGAGCACCUUGUUCAGGAACUGACGAGCCCUGGUUCAUUCACAAAUCCGGGACGCCGCCGAUGCCUGUCUUCGUGCCCAGCGGUUUUGAAAGCCGCAGCCAGAGAACUUGCGUUAAUAAAUGAGAUGGAUCUCUCCACCCAGUUCCUGGCAACGAAAGCGGUCUCCAGCGACCGAUCCUAUACUCAGGGUCUCGUCGAGAAAUAUGUCAUGUACCUGCUACAGUACCCGUUCAUCCUACCGGUAAAAGGAUCAUGAUUUUCGUCCUCUAGAAAAAAGGUUCUUUCCCGAUUUAUUUCAGACGUAAUCUCGAAGAUCGGCCAACGUUGCAGAUAGCAAUUCUGCAAGAAUGGUUUUUUGAGGACAGCAUAGAACGUGCAAAGUCCACUCUGCAUUGCAUGACGGAACAUGAGGGCAUGAAGUUCAGAGAAUCUGGGCCUUUGAUC